UCUCGCGCGGAUGAUCAGCUGUUAUUAUCUCACGCAACUCGCGGGCGGAAGCAGCGCGUGCGCCUGGUGCCUAUCCGGGACUCGGAGCUGGACUCAGGCUGUCUGCAUAGAGGACCGUGGUGGGAUUAGAGCGCAGAGCGGCCCGGGAUGGGCUCAGAGCGGCGUUAGUGCGCGCCCCUGCCCGCAGAGCCCGGCCCGCCCCCCGGGGGGAUGUUAGCGGCGGGUCCGAUGGACGGGUCCCGUCAGAGCGCCUUCCUCCUCAGCACGCCCCCCUUGGCUGCUCUGCAUAGCAUGACCGAGAUGAAGACCCCGCUGUACCCGGCCUACCCGCUCUCCUCCGGUGGCCCCGCCUCCUCUACCUCACCGGCUACCACCUCCCCGAACCCGGGCGGCAUGGCCGCAGCCUCCCCGGGCAUCAAGAGCUCCACCGGCCCGUCCUCCGGGCUCGGCUCCCCGCAACAGUGCUCCUCUGCCACCCCGCACGGAAUUAACGACAUCCUGAACCGGCCCUGCGCCACCUCCGCCGGGGCCUCCGCCUCCUCCUCCGCGGGGAUCCUGACGGGUCUGCCCAGGUUCAGCAGCCUCAGCCCGCCGCCUCCCCCCGGGCUCUACUUCAGCCCCUCCGCGGCCGCCGUGGCCGUGGCCCGGUACCCGAAGCCCCUGGCGGACCUGCCAGGCAGGACGCCCAUCUUCUGGCCGGGGGUGAUGCAGAGCCCCCACUGGAGGGACGCUAGGUUCGCGUGCUCGCCCCAUCAGAGCUCUGUCUUAUUGGACAAAGACGGCAAACGGAAGCACACGCGGCCCACGUUCUCCGGGCAGCAGAUCUUCGCCCUGGAAAAAACUUUCGAACAAACGAAAUAUCUGGCGGGCCCCGAGAGAGCCCGGCUGGCCUACUCCCUGGGCAUGACCGAGAGCCAGGUCAAGGUGUGGUUCCAGAACCGGAGGACGAAGUGGCGGAAGAAGCACGCGGCAGAGAUGGCCUCCGCCAAGAAGAAGCAGGACUCUGAGACGGAGCGGCUCAAGGGCACUUCGGACAACGAAGACGAGGACGACGAGUACAACAAGCCGCUGGACCCGAACUCCGACGACGAGAAAAUCACACAGCUGCUCAAGAAACACAAACCCGCGAGCUCCGCGCUGCUGCUGCACGCGCCCGACACGGACAGCUCCUAACCGGACCGGAAGUCCGAACUCAGCUGAAGUCACGUGAGCUUACCUGAACGACAGACUGGUUUUUACCUGCGGGCCGGAGCGGACUGUAAAUAUGAGUGAGUGGACAGAAAUGUGAAUAUUUAAAUUUAAUGUUUUUCUACUUUUCAUUUGGGUUUAACCCCCACCCCUUUCCCACCACCAACACCACCCCGCUGCGGCUCCUUGAAGGCCUCUCAGGAGGAGACCAUGAACGCAGCACGUGUACAGACACAAACGGCGCAAACAUUUAAAUUUUUUUAUUAUUGUUUUUUUUCUGCUCGCGCACAUUUUAUUUAUAUGUUCUGGGUUGUGAGUUGCGUCUGCGCAGUUGUGUACCCCGCAGGCUCAUGUAAUGCACUUUUAUUGAAUAAAAAAAGAACUGCAGGUGUUUGCUUUGUGUCGCUGAUGCUCGGCUUCAUCUGAGGCGGAUUCUGGAUUUCCUUUUUAAACCCGGCUGAAAUCACGCAGAAAACAUGGACGAUUUUGUAGUUUUGGGGGGCUUUUUCUCUCCUUCGGCUGUCGGUGUUUGUGCGCAGUCACACCCGGCUGCACGCUGCUCUGUCCCGGCUUCAGUCCCGACCAGUCCGCGCUCCCGGGUAACACCACCCUCAGCGGUAACACCACCCUCGCCACCGCUCAAUUAAAUCCGAGUUCUGUUUCCUGAUCAGCGCUCAGCUGAUGAAUUUUAAUUCUGUGAUUCUAACGCAGGGUCGAGUUUUUUGUUUUUCUGGAAAUAUUUUAUACAUUUAGGAUAAUAAUUAAAGAGCGGAUAUGAACGUUAAUGACUUUAAAUCCUGUUUUUCAGUUUUGUUUUGUUUUUUUCGUCUCCGGCAUGUUUUAAUGCGCAGCUCUGUGCUCUCUUCUUCUCAGUCUAAAUUAUAUUUUCGCACAUUUUUACACGUAAAACGCAGAACAUGGGGAUACAUUUCAGUCAACAGGAACUCCGUUUUAAACUGCCGCUGAAAAUAUGAAAAUAAUAUUUAAAAGUAGUUAAAAAUAAAGUCCGAGCUGUAGCUCGGAGGAUUCUUCCUGAGAUUUGAUCGCUGAUUUCUUUUCCCCAUAUUCAGUUGGUUUUUCAUUUUUAAUGCUAAACAUUAAUUUAAUCGUUUUAAUGACUCUUUAUCACGUGACUAAAUUUAUAAAACUUAUUAUUUAUUUUGUAAUUUAUAAUUAUUUUUAUUUUUCUCUCCUCAAGGUAAAGAAACAAAUGUCAUUUUUCCUUUUUUGUGCUUCUGAAUUUUUAUUUUUGAAUUAAAUGUUAAACGUGAAACACACAGCAGAUCUGAGGACAGACUCAGAGAUCAGCUGAUCCAGACGAAUUAUGAUGAAUAAUAAAUUCCUGUGUCAAACAGAAACAGAGAAAAACUGACGAGACACGAAAAACUGCGGCAAAAAUGAGGCAAAAAUAAUAAAGCAUAAGAACCGUUUUUUUUAAUCCCCGUCAUCUUAUCACAGAGCAGCAUUCAUUUAUUGUUAAAAUUAUAAUUUGUGUAAGCCAAAGAGAGCGAGAUCUGAACUUCCGUGUUUAUAAAUUUUAAAUGU